UUUGAGGAGCUUAAACAAUCAGGUGCUCCUGAAUAUAUAACUAUAAUGAAAAUUAAAAAGAAGUGGAUGAAUUUGAUGACACGAUAUAGGCAAAUAAAAAAUACUACUUUGAACCCUGAAACCAUAACUUGGCCAUACUACGAACAAAUGGAUAGAGCUUUUAGUAGGGAAAUAGAAACAGAUUCCGAAGGAAAAGCUAUGGAUACAUCCUUAAAUCCAUCUUUAAGCAACGAUGAAAGGCAAUGUUUUAUGAAAAAAUUAAUAGAAUUGCGAUAUGUACACAGGCACUUAUUUACUGGUAGAAAAUACACUGCCAGAGAUGGAUGGAUGAUUAUUCAAUCUCUAUUACAAUGUCAAGGAAAGUAUUCCAUAGACCAACUAAGUAAAUGUUGGCAAAACUUGGUGCAACGGUACAAACAGUUGGCGAAAGGAGAGUCUACAGAUAACAUAACUUGGCCGUAUUUUGAAUAUAUGCACAGAUGGUUCAAAGAUAACAAGUUUCAAGAUUUAAAAAUGGAUACAACCGCUAGCGAAAGUAUUAUUGAAGGCGAAGAAAAAGACGAAGAACUCCACCAAAAAGAUACCAUGGUAGAAACGCCAGUAAAGAAUAAUCUUUCUUUGGAUAGAAUAAAAAUACAAUUGUUGACUGAAAUAAAAGCGCAACAAGAAAAAAACCAUCUUGUGGUGAUGGAAGCUUUAAAGAAUAUUUCGAAUCAAAUGGAUAGUAAUCAAUUGAAUAGUUUGAAGAAUGUUGAGUAUGAAUGUACCCCGAUAACUGUGAAAUAUGUAGGUGAAUAGUUUUAGUGAUAUUAUAAUUAGCUUCAUUUAGUAUAAAUAAAACACUACACUUUAAU